UUUCCAGCGGCUUCUUGGUUUAUAGAAAGAUUACCAAAAAGAACCAAAUCAGAACAGAGAUGCCAACAGAAAGCAACAUAAUUCUAAUUUGGAUUUAGCUUUGACAAGGUUUUCCUUCAUUAAUCAGCGUGCAGUAUCAGAUUCCUGCCAUAACACCAAACUCAAUAAAAUAUAUAUAAUGUGUCUACCACAUUAUUAUACGUACGGUCCAAAUUAAACCCCAUUUCUCAUCACAAACAUAUGCUCAAACAAAAAGCUAUGAUCAUGAAAUUCUCCUCAUACCUAGUGAUUUUCUUUACCAUUUUCUUUCGAUGCUCAAAUGGCUCCAAUCUUGUUAUAACUCAAUCUUGCAUGGAGGCCUCCGAGAUUAGUCCAAAUGUGAGGUAUGAUUUUUGUGUUGCAUCCCUUGAAGAUGCUUCUUCAAAGUGGCAACCACCACCCACCAAACUCGAAGAUCUUGUGGGCAUAUCAAUUCAGCUAAGCAAAUCCAAUGCAACCAACAUGGUUUCCAUCAUUUCGGAGCUCUUGAAGAACAAAGGUUAUGAUCCAUACGCGAAGGGUUGCCUAAGAGAUUGCUUUGAUCUUUACAAGGAUUCCCUUUCAGAUUUAGAUGAUGUUGUGGCUGCUUUCAAGUCCAAGGAUUUGGACACUGCUGCUAUAAAACUCAGCGCAACCUUGGAUAGCUCGGUUACAUGUGAAGAUCAGUUCAAAGAUAAGAAAGGUGAAAAGUCUCCUUUAACAAAGGAGAAUCAUGUCUACUUUCAACUCAAUGUAAUAUCUCUGGCUUUCAUCCAAAUGUUUCGUCAUCAUUAUUGAGGAAAACCAUAUCAUAUACAAUUAUACAUGUGUGUGCAAGUCAUGAAAUCAAUAUCAUGAACUUUAUAAAAGCCUUAUAUAUAUACACAUGUAUAUUAAUUGAAGCUUAGUUGCAACAUUAAUUCUUUAUUGGCUAUGAUGAUGUAUUGAGAUUGAAAUUAUAAAGUGUAAAAGCCCUUCAUAUGGUGUGGAAUGGGCCAGUUUGAAUGAACUAGUGAAGUUCUUGGGUUACAACAAAAAGUUUAUUUUAUUCUUUCUGUUUUUUAGUUUGUUGGUUUUGGUUAGGUUGAUGCGUGAUGAUCACAAUUGGUAACAAGGGUUUUGUGUUUUUGGAUGGUGACUCACGGAAUAGGUGUGAGGCUAAAUUACAGUUAAGGUUGAUUUGACUGAUGUGUGGGACAUGGAGGAUAUGAUUGAGACUUAGAACAUGCUCUUUCCCAGGUCCACACGAUCGAUCCAUACCCAUUUCUAACGUGGGUUGGCAGUUAUCUUCACCCUUAACUGCAUUACUUCAUAUCUAAUUAGGUAACUUCUGUCUCUUCGUGGCAUUAAUUAACACUGUACAAGUGUUUGAUGGAAUUAGUCCAAGUCAAGUCAAAUUAUGCUCUGCAGGUAGAAAAUCCUCACAAUAUUUGUACAAU